UUGAAAUGAGAAAGGGUCCCAGUUUGCUACUUUAGUCGUGUGCGAGAUCAUCUUGGUUAUUUUUGCAAAAAUGUUAUCUGUACAACAGAAUUAUUCGCGCCUUUUUAGACCGUGGGAUGUGAAAGAAAGUAAAGACGCCACAGGAGUUAAUGCUAGUGAAACUGAAGUAAAAGUAACGCAACUGAAGAAGAAAAAAGAGGAAAAGCGUGAAAAUCGAUUAAGAAAAAUUCGCGGUACAUUCAAGAAAACCGACACCAAUUACCAAGACGCAACCGUAUCUACAACUACAAUGGAUUGUGAUGAUGACAAAAAGCCUAUAGAUAUAUCAGAUUCACCUGUUACAAGUUUAAGUUUAUGCUGCGAUAGGCUGUUACAAUCAGAAGUGAAAGACGAGAAGCCAAAAGACAGUGCGCCCAAAGCUUCACCCGAAAAUUUUUAUCCAGAAAAUAUAUUCCCGCAAAACGCUAUGCCAGUUAAUUUAUAUGGUCCUGGAUUUCCGGAGUAUAUAUCAACAGAUAUAGCGCAAACAUUAGGCGUUCCACCGACGGAUCCUUUAUUACUAGAGUCACUAGCCCAAGGUUACGCAAUGGAGCUGGAAUAUGCGAGAAUACUACAACAAGAAAACGAGGCGAAGCUCCUUAAUGCCAGAAAACAAAGGCCGAAGAAAUAUAAAUGUCCGCAUUGCCAAGUUGGGUUUUCCAACAACGGUCAACUGAAAGGUCAUAUAAGGAUACACACAGGCGAACGUCCUUUCAAGUGUGAUGAGAAGAAUUGUGGUAAAACCUUCACGAGGAACGAGGAGUUGACGAGGCAUAAGAGGAUUCAUUCUGGCGUUCGUCCUUAUCCGUGUCCGACUUGUGGGAAGAAGUUCGGAAGACGGGAUCAUUUGAAAAAGCAUACAAGGACCCAUUACCUCCAGGCUGAGAGAAUGAUGCCAGUCUUUGUGCCUCUGUCUGCAAUGCCUCAUGUUGGAGGAUUUCCUUAUUUAUAUGGCUAUUGAAAUCCUGUGUUAGGUUUGAAAGUGUAGGUAUAGUGUAAUUCGAAUGACAAAAUUAAAGUGCGAUUUGCGUGCUCUUUUCUAGCUGAGUAUGGAGUAUGGUUUAGUAUUAGCAAAUAUAAUAAAACGAUAUUGUAACUAAUCAAAAGGCUGUUUCAUAAAAGAAUUAUACAUAGAUUUAUCAAUACCAAUAGAAAAUGUAUAAACCUGUUUCAUUCGGACGGAAUUAGACAUGUAUAUUUUUGUAUAUUUUACAAAGUUGUAAAUGGAUGUGUGUGGAAAAUAUUUUUAUACAGAGAAAAUAAAUAUUAUAUUUUUAUAAA